AUGAAAACGUUCCCUGAAGCGGACGUUAUCUGGUGGAACGCAGACUCCUACUACGUUCGAUGUCCAUUCUGCGAAGCAAUUCAUCGCCACGCGGUAAACUGGAAAACAAACAAGUUGAGGAUUUCACAUUGCGAGAAGAUGAAGGCUUACCGUUGCUGCUUUCCCAUAAAUGAUAAGCGUGAGGUCGCGUAUGAAAUAGAUAAGAGACGGGGACGCUAUACCAAUAUUUGCGUAUUGCAUGAUAGUGAUACGGAGGACGACGAUGAUGUUGAUCACCUGGCGAUGGAAUUUGCGCGAAAGGCUAUGGUCGCAGUACAGAGAGAAGAAACAUAUGCAGAUAUAUAUGAACAAUCAAGGGAGGUCGUCACCGUUGAUCUAGGACUCGAGCUAGAGCCAGUUGAACAAAAGAAAAUACUUGAAGUGAUCAGUGCUUGUGUUCAAGGGAAGACGAGAGCGGUGCAGAGAUACUUGGAGACUUCUAGCGAGGCUCCGCUGUUUGUUCGAGGACGAGUUUCCGCGGGUCAAACAACCCUUAUCCUGGCAGCAGCUGAGCAGAGUACCGAGAUGGUGUCGCUCCUAAUUGAGCACAAUGCCGAUGUGAAUGCUGUUGACAAUUAUGGACGAAGCCCCCUUAUGGAAGCAGCACUCUUUGGUCGGGUCGACAAUGUCAAGGUUCUCCUAGACCACGGUGCAGACAAGGGUGCACGGGAUGAUGAAAACCGACUUGCUAUCGAUUUCGCUCGAGACCAUUACAAAAGCCGACGGGAGAGAUACAGCCGUGCCGGAGGCGACUUUACACCUUACUCCAGCCGACGACUAGCCUAUUCGGAGGAUACAUUCAAAAGGGACAUUGACCGUCAGGAAAUCGUACGCCUCCUCGGCGGGGAGAACAGAAAGUCAAAGAUUGUCUUUGGGCGCCCUCCGACCUUAUCGCUAUCUAAGUCCUACUCUUUUAAACGCUCUCCAAUGCACGACUCGCUGGUUCUAAACGGGCCAAUCGAAGAGUAUCGAAUCCCCAGUAGGUGGAAGACGGUGGCGAGAUUGGAACGAGGCGGAAAAUUCCCGUCCGUCGGCGCGAUGAGCGGAUGGUCACAUCAAUCGGCGGAGUCCCUCAGGGUCGAUGGGCGGCAGUGGACCGACGACGUCUUUCACAUUUCGGAAGUAGUGGGUCAUCGCCUGUCUUCUCACGACUACGAUCAGGGUACAGAUGGCCAGUACAAUGCAUCCCAUGCAGAAAAGCAGUUGAUAGCAUACUUUAUUGAUCGUCAUGCUUUUCUUCCACGCGACAGUCUCCCAAAUUUGGAGCUAGAGGAAAGGAUCAGGUCUGUGAAGGAUGAACUUUGGGAUUUCCUUUCGAGCUCCGAUAUAGGGGCCAAUGUGGCAUCCCUCAGAAAGGAGAAGGAUGAUAUAGAGCUCGAGCUUUUCGACGGGGACGAAAAGCUCGUCGGAAAACAUGAUGAGGUCAAAGCGCUCCAGCUACGGCUCAAGACCAUUGAAACAACCCUAAACCGGCUAUUAGCCACCCAGGCCCGACCUUUACUGAAGCUAGAAAGCCAACUGGUAAUUCUCAAUCGGCAGCUAAACACACAUGCCAACCUAGUUGAUAUGACAAAUUCGCCCCCGCCAGCUUCAUUAGCUGAGGCGGUCAUAUUGAUCAGCUCGCCUCCUUGUCAGGACUGUAGGGAGUUUCAGGACAAAGUUAACAGGUUCUUUGGAUUGUCUAUUCAGUUAUUCGCGGCAAUCUGA